AGUUCAUAUUUGCAGUUUAGUCAAGUGAUACUUUCUUCGCAAUAUUUUAAAGUGGUAUUUUUUAAAAAUUAAUUUGGUGUAGAGUGAACUUUUUGCCAUGGCCAUGAAUAAAAAAAUGCAAUCGUCAAGAGCAAAUUCUCAUCGGGUUUUAGCUAAUAUUGAAAUUUCAGAUGACGAUACAUUGAAUCUAACAGCAGGCAAUAUCGAUAUGCUGCAAGACACUAUGUCAUCAGGAAUCGGAAGUUCUGUUUCGGAUACGAGCUGCGCAAUUGAGUACAGAAAUAGAAAUCAGCAACGUAAUCAAUCUAAUUAUAGGCGGCGCAGAUCAUCAUCAUCCUCUUCGUCGUCGUCGUCAUCAUCUUCUUCAUCGGAUGAUGAAGAUGAAACGCCAUAUUUUAAAGAUUUGAGAAGAGAACGUGAUCGCAUGGUAAAUGAACGAGCACUACUUCAAAAGGAAAGGAAGAAGUCUCAACGAGAAGUUAGACGGUGGAAGCGCUUCCAAAAAUAUAAGAAAGAACGCUACGAACAAAGACAACAACAGAAACAGCAGCAGCAGCAACAACAACAGCAACAAACAACACCACCUCAGUCAAGUUUUUCACGGCCAUCACGAUCACCCUCAAGUAGUACAGAUCAGACGCCAAAAGUUAUCGUUGUUCAUGUACCACCGCCAUAUGGAAUGCCGUUUAUGCCACCACAUGCCAUGGGUCCAAUGCCAAUGCCAUACGGACCUCAAUACGGGCCGCCACAUGGUUAUUUCCAUCCCAUGCCUCCAAUGUACAACAGACGCUUUAUACCAAACCGACGACCAUUCCGAGGAGGUGCCAAUAAUCGAAGAAAUUAGUGACAAAACGAGGAUGGUUAUUAGAAUAU